AUGUCUGCAUUGGCUCUGAGAGUCACUGGCGGAGGGCUGUGUUUCAGAGGUAGUCUGUUGUGGGUGCAGUUCGACGACAACACCAUGACAGCCACGUCUUUCAGUUACACCAUUUUUGGACAGUGUGUCUUUGUCACCCUCUUGCUGACUGAAACGCCUCUGCCUCAGCCUUCAUUGUGGGAAUCGGUCAAUGAGAGUCGGAAGAUUCAGAUCCGGAACAUUCCUCCUCAUCUCCAGUGGGAGGUUUUGGACAGCCUAUUAGCACAGUAUGGUACUGUAGAAAAUGUGGAACAAGUUAAUACUGAUACAGAAACAGCAGUGGUGAAUGUGACAUAUUCAACAAAAGAAGAGGCUAAAAUAGCUGUAGAGAAGUUAACAGGACAGACGUUUGAAGAUUACUCCUUUAAAGUGUCUUAUAUUUUGGAUAUGGAUGCUGCUCCACCUCUGCCUGUGACCCGGAAUCGUCGCAGUGGAAGGACAUCACGGGAACAGGACUCGCAGCCUGGGACCUCUGGAGGCUCCCUGGGGCCCCGACAGAAACAACCAGACUUCCCCCUGCGCAUGCUGGUGCCCACGCAGUUUGUGGGAGCCAUCAUUGGCAAGGAGGGGCUCACAAUCAAAAACAUCACCAAACAGACACAGUCUAAGGUGGACAUCCAUCGUAAGGAGAACACCGGAGCGGCGGAGAAGCCGAUCAGCAUCCACUCCACUCCUGAGGGCUGCUCUGCCGCGUGCCGCAUGAUCAUGGACAUCAUGCAGAAAGAGGCUGAUGACACGAAGGUAACUGAUGAUAUUCCUCUGAAGAUCCUGGCCCACAACAGUCUGGUUGGAAGACUGAUCGGGAAGGAGGGCAGGAACCUGAAGAAGAUUGAAGAGGAGACAGAGACCAAAAUAACCAUCUCCUCUUUACAGGACUUAACUAUUUAUAACCCAGAGAGAACCAUUAUAGUGAAGGGGAGUAUUGAGGCUUGUUGUAGGGCUGAAGUGGAGAUCAUGAGAAAGCUGAGGGAAGCCUAUGAGAACGACAAUGCUGCUAUUAACCAACAAACCAACCUUAUCCCUGGGUUAAGCCUGAGUGCACUGGGCAUCUUUUCAACUGGUUUGUCAGUAUUGCCACCAGCUGCUGGGCCCAGAGGCGUCCCAACCGUACCCCCAGCUAGCUACAACCCUUUUCUUGGUCAUUCAUCCCAGCUGGGUGGGCUGUACAGUGUCCCGCCUGCUAGUGCCAUCUCUCACCAGCACACACAGGCUCCUGAACAGGAGGUGGUCUACCUUUUUAUUCCAACUCAGGCUGUUGGUGCUAUUAUUGGCAAGAAGGGCCAACAUAUUAAACAACUGGCACGAUUCGCAGGAGCCUCUAUUAAGAUCGCACCUGCAGAGAGUCCUGACGUCAUUCAGAGGAUGGUCAUCAUCACUGGCCCACCAGAAGCUCAGUUUAAGGCCCAGGGCAGGAUAUUUGGGAAACUGAAAGAAGAGAAUUUCUUUUCUGCAAAAGAGGAAGUGAAGCUGGAGACACAUAUAAAAGUGCCCUCUUCAGCAGCUGGGAGGGUCAUCGGGAAAGGCGGCAAAACAGUUAAUGAGCUGCAGAACCUAACCAGUGCAGAGGUCAUAGUGCCACGGGACCAAACCCCAGAUGAGAAUGAUGAGGUCUUUGUCAAAAUUAGUGGGCAUUUCUUUGCCAGCCAGACUGCACAGAGGAAAAUCAGGGAGAUCAUCCAGCAGGUGAAACAACAGGAGCAGAAGCACCAGCAAGGCGCCCCCGUGACACACCGAUCCAAGUGACCAUCAGGGCAGCCCCAGCGGGCACCUGCCAAUGAAUGUAGCCCUCCCAACUGGAAUCAGACCAGACCGGACGAAGGGGACCGGCCGGGCAGACCAGCAGCCAUGGGAUCAAAACCAAAGAACUUCUUUCUGGGGGAGAUGAAGGAGCCACAGACAGAAGGGCUCUGAGUGCACUGCCAGCUUGGGGAGGGAGGGGGGAAGGAAGCGCAAGAAGGACAAGCGUACCUUUUAUUGUUCAAACACACCCUGAGUAUGACCAGAAUAGGUAUGCGGCAUCUGUUAUCAGGACGGGAAACAUCAUCAUAGUCGCCCCACGUAACAAUUUCUUUAUAAACUUCUUAUUUUAGGCUUAAUCUAGGGCUAACACAGAUAAGAAGCUCUAUUAGCACAUGUACACUCAUGCAUUUUGACUGAGUUGUGUUGCUGUUUUCUCGGGUAAGUAAAGUGGGUGUGCACUGGCAGUUGGCAACCGAGAUUUUUUUAUAAUUUUUUUUUUUUUUUUGAUGCCCAGAUUGCGAUUUCAACGAUCAGCAGUAUUCUCACCAGUACACUAGAACAAAUAUACUGUUAUAUCUGAAGCAGAAGCACGAUUCUUCUUGUUUUGCACGAGCCAUCGGGCAUGUAGUGCACAUAUGCGGUUGCGAUUGCAUAUAACAUGUUUUUCAGAUUUCUUUGAUGAUGGGACAAGCAAGUUGGGAAAUGUAAAUGACAGAACGUUUACUCAUAUCUUAGCCUGUUUGCAUUUCGGGACACAUCAUCCAGCUCAACGGAUUCCUUGUUACUUAGCCUGUGCGUGCCAACGGAUGCCGUUAAAACAUUUCUUUCUGUGCAUAUCUCAUUUUUUAGCUUUUAUCAUUUGUAGUUUGUUGUUAUUUCUGUCCAGCUCUUACACUCCCUUUUUAUUUUUACACCAGUGUUUUUGCAGCUUCUGCAUUUAGUCAUUUCAGUGCCACCGCAUUCUUGUGGCGGCAGUCAUUACGAGACUGAGUAGGUAUGUGGUAGAUGUGGAUUAGGAGUCGACACCCCUUGUUUGCUUUAGGGGGUAUGAAAAGAAUAUAAAGCAAGCACCAGCGUCUGAAAGACAGCACACCUUUACUGGCUUGGGCAGAAGCGAAAUCAAAUGUGCACCAAGAAUUCUGCCUUAAUCUAUGCUGAAAGGAAACAAAAAAGAUGGGCGACUGAAAAUGUUAUUGGAGGGUCAGGUUGAUGUGGGACGAGGAGGCACCUUAUGAUCUGUGGUACACACACAGCCGCGUUUGGCUUUAAAUCUCUUUGUCAGGGAGCUUUCUAAAUGGCAUGACAGCUGUGAAUGUACAAUAAGCAGCCUUUUAGAAAGAGCACCACCCUGUCAUGUUCAGUAAGCUGGUUGGUCGGCGAGAUUGUUCUUUUUUUUUUUUUUUAACAGAUACUCUGGUUGUUUUGGGAAAUGGAUCGACUGUUCCAACAGGACGUGCAGGCAUGGAUAUCCCUUUGUGCUUUAUUUUCUUCUUCUUUUUGACCAUGGAAGUUUGUUGCCUUAAACGUCACCAGUCUAUAUCAUCACAGACGGCUCCCUCGCCCAAUGAGAGCUAAGCCUCAUCUUCCAGAUGCAAGGUUUAUGCCAAUACGCACAGCUUCCAUUAGUGUAUAUGCGUGUGUGUAUAUAGAUAUAGAUAUAUAUAUAUAUAUAUAUAAAGAGAGAGAAAUAUUUAUGAAUCUAUUUUUUUUCCUAUUUUGUGACGAGAGCUAUUAAUAAGAAACAAACCGAAAACAACAAGUCUUUUUUGGUGGAACACUGCCAUGUUAUUCUGAAGGGAAGUGUUUAUUUUCUUGGAAGUAGACUAUGAAUAUUGGUAGUAUACUAACAGUAAGAACAGUAAUGAAUCACCGCAACACUGAUCAGAAUGUGAUCUGUGCGCAUGUCAGUAUUCCGAUCUACCUCAUGCGUCAGGGUACCUCAGUCCAAUCUUAAAUUUCCCUUUUUUUUCUCCCCACAUUUUGUAUGCCUUGUAAACUGAAAGUUUUGAACGUUUUCUUUUUAUUAAUAAUAAAAGAGAUCAAGAAAAGUCUUCAGGUCCAUCUGGCAAAAACAAAUGGAUCUUAAAGCUUUCAAAACUGAAUGCGAAUUCAGAGA